ACCCCUGACCCCCGCUCUCUCCCUCUCUCUCUCUCUCUCAAAGGCGCCAUCUUUGAUGCUCGAACCCUCUUUCCACUGGACAAAAGCUUUGGCUCGCUGCUUUGAUCGCGAUCGAGAAUGGGCGGCGAUGAGCCCGAGGAGGAGGCAGCGGAUGCAUUUGGCGAACUCGAUGAUCGCGGAGGGGUUGCUUGAUCAGCAGUUCAACCAGCUGCUGAUGCUGGAGGAGGACGGGAGCGGGUUUCUGGCUGAGGUGAUCAAGUUGUUCUGUGAUGAUUCUGAGAGGAUGAUGUCUGAGCUCAGCAAUUUGCUAGAUCAGGAUGUUGUGGACUACCAGAAGGUGGACUCUUUUGUUCACCAGCUGAAGGGAAGCAGCUCAAGCAUCGGUGCACAUAACAUCAUGGUGGCUUGCGUGCAUUUCCGUCAAUAUUGUGAAGUACAUGAUAAACAAGGGUGCUUGAGGGCAUUAAAUAUGGUUAAGCAUGAAUAUUAUCGUUUGCAGGCAAAAUUUAGCAUUUUGGUGCAGCUGAGCAGAGACUUUUAAACUGUGAAGCCAAACAGCUAAAUUAAAAGACAUAAGUGAUAAAAAGAAUCUGACAUCUGCAGGCACUGUGUAUCUUCACGAGUUGUAAUGUUGUAGUAGAUUAUUUAUAUACCAAACUGGAGAAGAUUAAGCGUAUAAUAGCCGUACAAGGUCUGUAUGUUCCAUAUCAACUAUCCUUCUUUUGACAAACUUUGUGUACUCGUGCAGCAUGGUCAUGGGAAGUACUUUGGGUGUAAAGUAAUUUAUAUUGUUGUAUGUGUCAUUUGAAGUGUAAUUGUAUGAGUUUAGACGUGUCCUGAAUGAUCUAGUUACUGAUUAAGGAAGAGGAUUUUGAACCUUAGUGUGUCCGCA